AUGGCCAUCAUCAUCCUGUGUUUAGUCAUUUUGGCCAUAGCCAUGGUCAUCAUAACCAUGGCCGAGCACGCGUUCUCUUCUCAACAUAUCUCUCGUCAUGAUGGUCAUCCCCAUCCUGUGUAUUAUGGUCAUCAUGGACAUGGACAUGGACAUCACCAUUUUGAUUACUAUGCUCGCCCAAAAUACGAGUUCGACUACAAAGUGUCAGACCACCACACCGGCGACCACAAGAGCCAACACGAAACCAGGGACGGUGAUGUCGUCAAGGGUUACUACUCCCUGCAUGAGCCUGAUGGUUCCGAGAGGAUUGUCCACUACCACAGCGAUAAACAUAGCGGGUUUCAUGCAACGGUUAAGCACAGUACUCAUCACAUGAUUCCUCACCAUCAUCAUUACUGA